GUCAACGUCAAAGUUGUCAACAUUUUCAAACACGCUCUCUCUCUAACGACUUUAUUGUCGUCACGUAUCGCUUUAUUAUUUAUUUAUUGUAUAAUAUUCCUAGAUUUCUCGGAGCUUUAGAUCAUCUAUCGUAUAUAACAUUAAUCAGUGUGCGAUCAAUAAUGGCAUAGAAUAAUACCAUACCCCACUUUUGCAUGUGAAAACUGGACUUUCGCGUUAAGCGUUACAAUGCUAUCUACAUCGGAUUUAGAAAGGCUAAUUGCAGUGAAAAGGCGUGAGAUAGAAAAUGAAAAAGCGCGACUGGGGCUGCCGACGCGACCAGACGUGAGUUAGACUAUACUCUGUAAAGUUAGCGCCAAACGGUAACCAUUAACCACCUGUUGUUUGCUUCGUCUAGCAUAUCGCACUAUCGAUUUUCCAGCCAGUGAGAGCCGGUGCGCAUCGACGUUGCUGCAUUCACCGGCUAAUUUCUCAAAUCGCCGCAAUUUAAGUUAAUUUUGUGUUUUUUAUGUAAAUUAGUGCUUGGUGGAACUUUUUGUAAACAAGUGAGCUUAAGUGGUGAAUAUUUUAUGGUGCUUAGAGUGGUUAGCAUAGGGUUUAAAAUAAUUGUAUUGUACUUAGUUAAACUAUUUGUAUAAAUUAGUCAGCUGCUGGUUUUCAUUGGCAAUUACCUUUUAAUACUGAAGGCUUAUUAAAGGAGAGCAACAAUAAAGAAAAUGCUGCACCGAAACAGAGCGGAAAAGUGAGCGAAGUAAGAGUAGAACAGAAUGAGCAGAGCAAGGAGGAGGGAGAGAGAGAGACUGAAGAGAUUCCGCCCGACCUAGAGAGAUAUAUACGGCGCUACCUAGGGCUUCCCGUAAUGCUAAAAGCGGGUGAAUACUCCCCGAACAACCCCCUUAUACGGGGCGAGAGGUCGUCCGGCGACGCGUUACUAGGACUAGGGGAGUAUGAACGAAGAAGGAACACGCUUAGGAAGCUGCGACAGCAACAGUAUAGAGAAUAUCUCGACCAGCAAGCGAAGAAAAAGCAAGAAGAGAAAGAACAAGCAGAACGAGAGAGAAGAGAGCGCGAGCAACGGGAGAGAGAGCGAGAAGAACGCGAACGAGAGAGGGAGAUAGAACGACUGGAAAGAGAUAGAGUCAGCCCGGAGCGGCCGCGGGCGUUCAUCAACACUGUGUUUAGUGCUACGCAGACUUUUACCAGCAAAGUAGACACCGCUGUGCAGACGACCACGGCAGGCAGGCCUCUCUCGGUGGCCGUGCAGACGGACGACGCUGAAUUCUACAGGUUGUCGUCGCCGUUGAAAUGUCCGCUGACGCAGGCGGAGCGCGAGCUGUCCCCGCGCACGGUGGCGCCCGAGCGGCGCAGCCUGCCCGACUUGGGGCAGUCAUUGUGCCGUCCAGAGCGAGGCACGGGCGCGGAGCGAUACAAGCCUUCUUUGCUGGACGCCGACGCUGUACAGCAGCGGAACGCUAUGGCCGAAAAGGAGGCCGCUGCCAAACGCCAGUACUAUCAGCAAGAGCUCAAGAACCAGAUACUUGAGCAGCAACGUAUUCGGGAGGAAAGGAAAGCGAGGGAAAAGUUGCUAGAGGCGGCGGAGAUGCGGCGGCUAGAAGAACAACUUCGAAUGCUACGUGGAGCUCAGGAGCUCGAGCUUAACAAGCACGCCGCACAACAACAUCAAAUGAAAGAAAACGCAACAGACUACGAAAAGAAGCGAACGGCGCUACAAAAAGAAAUAGACUUGGAGCAACAUGCGCUGAUCCGCGCGCGCACACACACGCACACUUCUCACAGCGACGGACUGCCUUCCAAGCCCUCCAAGAUCCCCUUCUACUGCCCCGCCGUCCACAAGAACAAGGAGAAGAAACACUUCUCCACGAACAUUCCAGAUCAUUCCAUCUUCUCACCGAAUUACGACGUCGAUACAUAUCUCCGAAAGAAUCUUAACCCUUCCAAGGAGAUGCUGAGUUCUCGGCUAGAUACGUCGAGUUCCGAAUGCCUCGCGUCCAAAUAUCUCGCCCGGUACGACCGGGAAUCCAGGCUAACAGACAGAAGUGAUAAAGCGGAGAGAAGAGACAAAGAGGAUAAUAGAUUAAGUAAAAAAGUAGUUGUAGAAGCUAUAGUACACGACCGUCCGAAAUACGAGCCUAAAGAAAUCGAUAACCCUAUACCCGUGUUAAGACAUUCACCGGUCAAUGUAAGGACUGUCCAGAAAAAUACAGAUUUAAGCGAAGCGAUGCAAGUUGUAGAUGAUAAGUGGAAAGUGCCUGUUGUUCAGAAGAAUAUUCUGAAGAGUUUGCCAAACGAGGAGGGGAAGAGCGUGAGCAUUCUCACGCAGCUGGGGUCCAUUAGGAGGCAGCUUCAGCUGGAACAGUUGAAGCUGGAUAAGAUGCUGACGAAAGACAGCGCUUGAGGUGCUAGUUAUGUGUAGUCUUAACGGCCUCGAAAAUAUAACUGCGUUUAAGUGCAGUUUUAUAAUACUGAGGGAUUUUGGCGUUGUGGUGAUGUAAGAAUGUGUUUGAUAGUCCUGCUAAAAAAUUAAAAAGACUGGAAGUAGACGAAAAAUUGAUGCAGGGGUAUAUUUUUUCACGAUUUUCAUAUCGGUCUCACGAGAAACCUUUUCAGAACGACCAUUAAUUAUAAACAUUUGGAUCACGACCCCAAAAUCGCCCGGUAAAAGUAAAAACAAAAACCAUAUGAUGUUGUAAAUUAGAUUAUUGAAAUGUUACCAGCAUGUCUAACAUGUUUUACUAAUAAUGCUUCUGCUUACAUAAUAAUGGCCUAAGUAUGACCUACAGUACGAUUAUCAUAAGUUAACGAUUCGGGUUUAUAUCUAUCGUGCUCGCACUUAUGCGAUCCCGAUAAGAGCCAAAGCUGAAGGGUAAAAGCCGAAUCGUUAGCCGAUUUUAAUCGCACUGUAACCAUAAAAAUAUACCAAUAAUGUAAUAUACAAUUUCUGCAUUUACCAGUUCUCCCAGGCUACGUUCUAAGAUCUCAAUUAUUUUAUAAUUUGUUCAAAUACCAUUAAAUAUUGAUCCAACAAAAAAAGAGAGACAAAUUAGUAUUUUGUGCUAUUUUGACACCAAUUUUAAUUAUUUGUAUUUGAAUUAAAAAUGAUAACAAUACUCCGUACUUUUAGGUACAUAAAAUAAUG